CCCAGAUACCCUACUGCAUACUUACUCUUAUCUUUGUAUUGUUUUAGGCUCAAGGCUAAAGUGAUGCAAGUAGACUGUAGUCUGGUUAAGAUGUUAUUUCAGGUUGAUAACCGGUCAGAAUGGAUCUACAGAGGUUCUACUCGUCUUGAACCACUGUACAAAGCUUUGGUGGAUGGUAAAAUCUCAAACUCAAAGAAGAACAAAAGGCAGCGCAAGGCUCCCCAGAAUUCAGAUGAACCAUACGUGGACAUGAGAUUAACCAGCCCUCACUUUGGCUUCUCUUUGUACAGCAAAACUGAUCCCAAAGGUAAAAAACAAGAGGAAUCAGAAAGAAAUAGGAAUCAGACUGUAAAACAAGUAGUGCAAAGAGCACAGGGUUCAACCAGAUCGUCUUCAGGUGGACAAAGUUUGUCUCAAACUAGCAGCCAGGUUGAGCAGAACACUUCAAGAGAAUCUGACACAACAGCAAACAAAGCRUYAAGAACAUCAACAAACAACACURCAUUAUCUACAAGGGAUACUACUCGCCCAUCAAGAGAACCUGGAAUCAAACUAAGUACAAGCAAACAUACGAUAGGAACUAAUACAACCAGCAUUACACCCAGCAUUACACCAAACACAACAACACAUAAAACAAUAGGUACAAACACCAACAGGAGCACAGCACCUAGAACUAUACUACCAAGCAACCAAGGAAUACACAUGCCGUCAGACACUAAGAGAAUGGCGAUACUGAGAAAUAUACUACCAAGCAACCAAGGGAUGACGAACAUGACUGGUAAAACAACUAUGAGCUUUACAAGAGCCAACAACAGUUGUUCUGUUCCAGACAGUACUGUUAGUAUUGGCUGGUCAAACUCUCCAAUGAUAAACCAUACCCUUGAUGACAGCACGGCAUCCAUCAUACAAGCAAGUACCAUGAGAAAGAGAACCACGGCAGGACUGAGUAUGUCUUGGUGCCGUACACUAAUAAUCUGAUUAUACUGUUACUGGGAUG